GGGCAGCGAAUCUCCUUUUCUUUUCUAUAUUAAUCAACGCCACCAUACAAAAAGUUUCAUCAAUCCCCCUUCAAAAUAUUUUCCUGCUUUUGCCAUCUUGCUUCUUUAGCUUUCUUUGUUCUUGUUGAAUGGGAGACUCAUCAGACUAGCUUUCAAGGACCAUCUCACCUCACCGCUUUCUCCAGCUUUGUUACUUUUCCUCAUCUUCCUCCCCUUUCCUUUUUUCCGCCUCCACUCGUCCGUUAAGAUGGCAGCGAAUAGUCGAACCUUACGGUUCAUACUAUUAGCUUUCUUCUCGAUAGCUGUCCUUUUCAAAGUAUACACUUCAAACUACCAUGCCGGGACACCACUGGUGGACGUCGAGAAGAUCGCCGAGCAACAGCAUGCGCAGGAUUCAUCAUCUUCCCCAUCGCAAUCCAACGGCAAUAAUGGGUUUUCCUCGAACCCUGCAAGCGGCCUCCCGGCUGGAGUUCAUGCCGGAAAGCGCGCGAACGCUACGUUUGUCACGCUGGCGAGGAAUAGCGAUGUCUGGGAGAUUGCAAAGUCUAUUAGACAUGUUGAGGAUCGUUUCAAUCGGAAGUUUAAUUACGACUGGGUUUUUCUGAAUGACAAGCCUUUCGAUUCGCAGUUUAAGAAGGUUACUUCCGCGCUCACUAGCGGGAAGGCGAAGUACGGGUUGAUUCCACACGAGCACUGGAGUUUCCCGGAUUGGAUUGAUCAGGAUAAGGCGAAGAAAGUUAGAGAGGAUAUGGCCCAGCGAAAGAUUAUCUACGGCGAUUCCAUCCCUUACCGACACAUGUGCCGUUACGAAUCCGGUUUCUUUUUCCGACACGAGCUUUUGCUUGACUACGAGUACUACUGGCGCGUGGAACCAUCUAUCGAGCUGUUUUGCGAUGUCGAUUACGACGUCUUCCGCUUCAUGGCCGAGAACAAGAAGAAGUACGGCUUCGUCUUGUCACUGUAUGAAUACGUCGAGACUAUCCCGACACUCUGGGACAGUGUCAAGAGUUUCAUGAAGGAGCAUCCGGAAUAUAUCAACCCGAACAAUGCAAUGGGGUUCCUCAGUGACGAUGGAGGAGAAACCUAUAACCACUGUCACUAUUGGUCCAAUUUCGAAGUCGGCAGUCUGGAUUUCUGGAGGGACAAGGCAUACAUGGAUUUCUUUGAGAAGCUAGAUAAGGAUGGUGGAUUCUUCUAUGAGAGAUGGGGCGAUGCUCCGGUUCAUAGUAUUGCAGCCAGUUUAUUUCUGGAUAAGUCGCAGAUUCACUUUUUCGAUGACAUUGCCUACUACCAUGUGCCUUUCACCCAUUGUCCUACUUCCGAAAAGGAUCGACUGAAGCAUAAGUGCCAUUGUAAUCCUAAGGAUAACUUUGACUGGAAGGGUUACUCCUGCUUAUCCCGCCACUUUGAAAUAAACAGCCUGGAAAAGCCAGAAGGAUACGAGACACAAAUGGACUAAGCGACACCAAAUAUCUUUUUUUUUUUUUUUUUUUUCUUUUGUUUCAACCACCAUUUCCGCUCAUAUUUGUUUAAAUUCUAUGGCGCCACGCCGAAACGUAGGGAUAUCCGGACGGGUCUUUAAAGCACGAGUUUUGUGUAGUACAAACAAAAGGAAGGGAAGGAAAGGAAAACAGGGAGGAAGGAAUGGCCGGUUUUGACGAAAGCUACGAACCCGAUGUUCUGCGAGGGUGAUACCGUUAACUACAGGGGGAAGAGGGAGAAUGUGGUAAACGGAACCGAUAAUUGGUCUAUCAAGUUUAUUUUCCGCGUUCUUGUGCGAUGUACGAAUGCAGUUGGGAAAGAAGGUGUGUGAAGGGGGUAAGGGAAUAUUUAUAGUAAUUUUAUACAGAGUGACAAUUGAUGAAGAAAAUUAUAUUGACGCCA